AUGACGACGUCGAAAAUGGCGAACAAUGGCCCCCACGCCGCUGGCAUCUUUGCCGACAUGACCGUCGACGGGCCUGAAAUUGGAACUCUGGUGGUGAUAGUCGACCGCGGCAAGAACCUGCCCAACCGAAAGACUAUGGGCAAGCAGAACCCGUACUGCGCUGCGAGACUCGGCAAGGAGGCCAGGAAGACCGAGGUGGACAAGAGAGGAGGCCAGACGCCCCGAUGGGACCAGGAACUCCGCUUCACUGUUCACGACUCACCCGACUACUACAAGCUGAAGAUGUCCGUCUUCAACGAGGACAAGACCACAGCGCUCAUUGGUGAGGCCUGGGUGGACCUGGACAGCAUUAUCCUGCCUGGAGGCGGUAAGGGCGAUCUAUGGCAGGGACUUACGUGCAAAGGAAAGUACGCUGGCGAAAUUCGAGUCGAGCUCACAUACUACGACUCGCGGGAAAAGUCGGAGACGAAGGAGGAGACUGUGUCCAUGGCGGAGGAGCUCAGACAGCAGUACGGAACUUUGCAGCCUAAGGUGAAGAGGAGGCCACUGCCCACAAAUCCAAAUGCACCAGCCACGACCGAAGUGGUCAUACCCGAGCGACCCCUGCCGGGGAGAGCAAAGCAUGGUCCCAGAGAUCUCCAGGUCGCCAAUCGAAUGACUUCGGCACCUCCUGCAGUCAAGACGUACAACUAUCCACAGUCCGAGACAACCCUAUUUGGCCAGACGGGAGUCCAGUCGUUGUCGCAGAGCCACUCACCUGCGCCGGCAGCACAUCCAGAGUUGCCGCUGGGCCAGCGCUAUGAGGGCUACGAGCAGCAUCCGGAGCCAGAGAUCCACGAUGCGUAUGGGGUAAAUCCCCUGCAGCCCGAUUUCCUGCCACAACUGGGACCAAGCACUCGACCGCGAGGCUCUAAUGCGCCACAGCCUCGCCAUGCGCCCCGGCUGCAGUCUCAAGCUCGUCCGAUGAGCCAUAUAGGGAUCCCUCACUCGCAUUCUGCGCCAAUUGUGCCGAUCACGCAUCAAGUCGAGCCACGGGCAUUCGAUGACAGCUACCAGCUCCGAACAGACUAUCCUGAGCCAAUGCCCGAUGUUGACCACCAGUAUCGACAAGUAGCAAUUUCGCGUCAAAGAAGAAACGACGUCCCGCCAGGGUGGCAUGACGAUUUCGCGGGUGCUUACUCGGACAAGCAGGCGUACGUGGAAGAGGAGGGAGACUCAUCUUCCCCACCUCCGCCGCCCCCAAUGCACAGCAACAGCGCACCUGCAGUGCCUCACUAUCGAACACCGCAUAAUCAACCUCCGAUGCCCAGACAUGGUGGUACACCCCCUUCCGCGAGACAGCAGUAUGCGCCAAACUCGUCGCCUUUGCAGAGCAUCGAGCGCGACUACGGCCAGCAGCAUAUAUCGUCACAUCACCGACGUCACACCAGAGAACCUUCGUUCGACGAAUUCGGAGGCGAGUCGCCAUACCAGACGAGCCAUCAUUCGACACCUAAUCUCUCCUCUCCUGCCGGACAGCAGAGUCCCUUACCUCAUGCUCGGACUUCGCCUUACAGCAGACAAGUUGGGGGACGCAACAGCGUCGCGGAGGCAUACGGCACUCCCUCGCGGCAGCCACACCCACUGUCUCAAGAAGUGCCCAGAGCAAGAAGUCCCCACCCGUAUGGAACUCCAGAGCAGAACAUCGCAUACAAUCAUUAUGAUCGCGCUCGGGAAAGCUCGGUGCCCCUGAUCAAGCCUAGAGCGAUAUCACCGGCGCCGCAACCUUCACAGCCAGCUUCAGCGCCGCGAAGCACGUAUAGCCUGCAGUUUCCCGUGCGAGCCUUCGAAUCCUCGGAGGCAAGCCCUCUAUCGACUUCUGCUAACUCCAGGACGAUCUCCAUGCCACGAAAGUCAGUCUCCCCACGGCCGUCAAUGUCAGAGGGCAGUGGAUCAUCCAUCCCAUUUUCCCCUGAUAGCUUUGGAGUACACAAUCCAGCUGCGCCUUUCGCAGAGGCAGAGUCUCGCAAAGGUCCCAUUGUCGGAUGGCACGGACAGGAGAUAGAUCCUUCUGACCAUCUUCCCGUAAACUCUUGGGCUCCAGAGCCAGCCAAGAAAACACCAACAAAGACUUAUGGGCUGGGUAGAGAGAAGGAAUUCGGGCCACGAAGUCUAUCCAAGGAUACUGUUAUCAAUGUUAGAAUGAAACCCGGGUCAAACUUGCCGGAGCAGCGUGCACAGCCUGCUCCUUCAGGCAAGACGACGAUUCGAGGCGUGCUGAAGAAGGCUUCGUCGCAACCGAGAUAUGCCUCGGAGCCGCCGAUGGACAUUUCGAGAAAUCACGACAAUCACCACCCGGUGCCUGAUCCUUACGAACAGCAGCAAAAACAGCUAUCACGCUCAUUCCGAGAAGAAAGUCACAGUGCAUAUGGACCGCCGUCGCUACCGCCAAAAGUUCCCCUUUCCCAUUCACCGGGAGGGUAUGGCGAUGACGCAUUGUCGAGAGAGAUAUCCAGUAUUGACAUUGGUGGAAGUAGACCGAGGCAGGGCGCUGUUUUUGUCCCUGUGAGAAGUCAUCGUGAUAGGAACAGCUUCUACUGA